AGAUAAAAGCUUUACUGAGUUUCCCAUUGGAGAAGUGGAAAAAAAAAAAAAUGGAUCGCUUUCCUUUUUUCCUCUGUUUCUCCUUUACCUUUCUUUAAUCUUUUUCACAAGUACUAUUUUUUACUUUUCUAAUCAGAAUCUGAUUCUACCAAGAUCAAACACUAGAAAAUGGGCAAAGCAAUAAGGUGGCUUAAGGGCUUGUUUGGGAUGAAGAAAGAGAAAGACUGCAAACCGAAUUCCAACUCUGGCGACCGGAGAGACAAGGUAGGAUUUAGCUCGGGAAAGGACUCUGACGGACUGUGUCAUAAUCCGGCAACUAUUCCACCUAACUUAUCGGCAGCCGAGGCUUCUUGGCUGAGGUCAUAUUGUAAUGAAACAGAGAAGGAGCAGAACAAGCACGCAAUCGCCGUGGCGGCGGCGACGGCUGCUGCCGCUGACGCUGCUGUGGCUGCAGCUCAGGCUGCCGUGGCCGUCGUCAGGCUCACUAGCCAUGGUAGAGGUACUAUGUUUCAAGGCAGCCGUGAAAAAUGGGCUGUUGUAAAGAUUCAAACAGUUUUCAGAGGGUACUUGGCUAGAAAAGCUCUGAGAGCUUUGAAAGGACUGGUGAAACUACAGGCACUGGUAAGAGGGUAUUUAGUGAGGAAGCAGGCCACAGCAACUCUCCAUGGUAUGCAAGCUUUAAUAAGAGCACAAGCCACAGUUCGAUCCCAAAAAACUCGCGGGUUCAUAUUCAACAAUGAACCCAUUAGUAAAUUCGAUAAUAGAGCACGAAAAUCCAUGUCCAAUUUGCAGGAGAGAUUUGAUGACAGUAAAAGCGAUCACACAGCUCCCAUUCACAGCAGGAGGCUCUCUGCUUCUUUAGACACAAGUUUUACCACCAUUGAUGAGAGUCCCAAGAUUGUGGAAGUUGAUACAGGAAGGCCUAAAUCCAGGUCUCGCCGAACAAACACCUCAGUCUCCGAUUUCGGAGACGACCCGCCUUACCAAACGCUCUCUUCUCCUCUCCCAUGUCGAAUUCCCACUCAAAUUUCAAUACCCGAUUGCCGGAAUUGCCAGGAGUCUGAGUGGGGAUUCACAGGCGACGAGUGCCGGUUCUCCACUGCCCAAUCCACGCCGCGUUUCCUUAACUCCGCCGCGUCUAAUGCUCCAACAACUCCGGCCAAGAGUGUCUGCGCGGAUAACUACUUCAGGGGAUAUGGGAAUUAUCCAAACUACAUGGCCAACACAAAGUCUUUUAAGGCCAAACUGAGGUCCUAUAGUGCUCCAAAACAGAGGCCUGAACCAGGGCCGAAGAAGAGGCUUUCCCUUAAUGAAUUGAUGGAGUCAAGGAAUAGUCUAAGUGGGGUUAGAAUGCAAAGGUCAUGUUCUCAAGUUCAAGACGCCAUUAGUUUCAAGAAUACUGUAAUGGGGAAGCUUGAUAGGUGCUCAGAUGUUGGGAGAGAGACAGAGAGGACCAACUUGCUGAGAAGAUAGUGAUUUGGUUGUUUUUGGUUAAUAAAUAUAGAUAGAAACUUGGUUAAGACCCAGCUUGCAAGCAAAUCCUAUAGUUCGGUUGUUAAGUGUUUGAGAUCACAAGAACGAAGAAUGUGUGUAGAUUCAAAGUUAGUGUAAUGUAUAAUUAAAUUGCCUUUGUAUCUCAUUAUGAUGUUUUUAGUUUUAAUGAUGGAAUUACACAUUUACACUUCAUGUUCCAAGUAAAAAUAAAUAAAUCAUCUUUUGGUAUGAA